AUGAACGCCGCUACUCGAGUCCCGCAAUCGCGCGCUAUCGCCUCGGGUUUGCGGCCCAGGCGGGCGGGGCGGUGCUCGCAGCGAGCCCAGGCGUUUGGGGUGACGCCUGAGUACGGCUAUGUCGUCUCGACUGUCGGUGCAGCAGCAAUCGCACUGCAGUACAUGGCCGUCAAGGUCGCGCUGGCGCGGCGCGCAGCAGGUGUGGAGUAUCCUGCCAUGUACGCGGAUGGCACCGACGAGGCUUCCAACGUGUUCAACUGCACGCAACGUGGACACCAGAACACCCUCGAGGGCUACCCGAUGUUCAUCGCGAGCGUGCUCGUCAUGGGACUCAGGUUCCCUGUUCCCGCUGCGAUCCUGAGCGCGAUCUACUUGGUUGCGCGGAUCGGUUACUUCGAGGCGUACAGCACCGGGGAGCCACGGAAGCGCGCACCGUGGUUUGGCGCGUGCUCGAUCGCGAACCUCGGAGCAGCGGUGGGCACCAUCGCAGCCGGUGCGAGUGCCGCGGGUAUUCUGCCGUUCUGA